GUAGCGGCAGUGGCACGUGGUGGAUGUUCGGCCCCGCUCUCCCCGACCCAGCUGACCUGCUCUCUGAGUGAAACGGAGUUGUGUAGAAUACAAGAAGUCUUACACUCUCCUGCUGAAAAAAACAUGAUACAAAGACUCUGUGUGGAGUGUUUCAUAAACUAGUGUAGUGUACCACCUUUAUGAGUAUGCCUGGUGACCAACAGUGACAUUGUCAUUGACAGCAUAGUGGAGCAAGUAGCAGUGGACCGAAUCAAUCAUAGUGUGGCAUAGUAAUGGCGUCAUAAUUCUGUGGGUGACAGACAUAUUUCAGUAACUCUGAUGCACAAUGUAAACGUGAUAAUAUUGAGAGUGUACGAGGAGGAACUUCAGCAGCCCUGACAUAACUGGGGUACUCUAUACGUCAGGACAUCUGCGAGGUGUGGACGUCGUCAUUAUCUUUGUGCCAUGCUAGGACGCCGCUGACCAGCCAUGGGCUUCAGAAGAGUGUCGCCGUUGGUGCGGAUCAGCGGGCGUGGGUGGCUCAGACUGGAUGCCCGUCACGCCGCCCUCACCGCCGCUGUAUACACAAUUUGCUCCUCGGUCUUGGUGACGCUGGUUUAUGGAUGGAGGCUGGUGGUCAACUGGCGACAUCCAAACCACCUUCAAGAUGUUUACUACGGUGUGCAGAUCUCCUACAUGUCAACACUGUGUACACACGUCACGCUCAUCGUCCUUAGCACCUUCCUUAUCAUCGGGAUCUGUAAGGAGCGGUGUGGGCUGGUAACGCCUUGGGUGGUGGCCAACAUCACCUUCAUGGCCCUGGAGGCUGUCUGCUGCAUGUAUUCCAACGUCCUCAGAGACCACAUUAAUAAGAAAUUCGACACGAUGUGUAAAGCGGAAAUGGCGUUUUUUGUUACAAGACUAUUUCUAAACAUCCUGGCACUGUGGGGCGUCAUGAGGUUCUACAGGAACAUCAGGUCGGGCGUCACCUACAAAGACCCGGAGGCCAUAGAGUUAUAGGAGCCAGGAGCCACGUUCUCAGGUCACGAUAACUUCCUUCUGAAACUGUGGUGUUAGCGUGAAGAGAGAGAUCUCUGGUUACCUUGUGCUUUACCGCCUGAUAUAAUUACGUUUGAUCAUGGUUUCCCAUAAGCUUGUUAGAAACCAUUAACACUGUCAUACUUUAAUGUAAACUAAUACUGUGAGACAAAAUAUAUCGCGUGACAAUACCUAUUUAGAAUACUAAUUGUUCCAGUGACAUCUGAUCCCAGGUGAGUGCAGAAAGUAAUAUUAGUUAUAGACAAACAGAAAAGAAGAAGAGACAUCUACGUUGCCAAAAGUGACUUAAGUAAUAUCAAUGAUUUCAUAACCACUUAAUGGGAUGCAACUUGUCCUUACUGGAAUUUAUUAAAUAAAAUUAAGUUAUAUCUAUAUUCGUCACAACAAAAUUAUAUUUAAACAGUUUGUAGAUGCAGAAAAGGGGAAUCACUGUGUAUGAACCUUUUUAAAGACAUAUUAUAAAUUAAAUUAAAUUCGUUUUAGUUCUUUAUUGAAGGAUACGAAAAUUUAGAACAGCAAGAUGCCUCUAAAUGUAUAUACUGUAUAUGUUCAUAGUGUGACGGAGAAAGAACUAGACAAAAUUGAUGAAGCUAGAAAAUCAAACUUACAAUCUUGAAUGUAUGUUUUGUUCAAAGUUUAAAAUUAAACAUGUAAUAAUAAAAUUAUAAGUGUA